AUGAAGGAAAAUUCACUAGAAAACACAUCAACGAAGGGGUUAUCACCUUCAAUUAAGAGUGCAAUCAGUGGUGCUAUCUCAGGAUUUAUAGUUAGAUUUAUUAUAUCACCUUUUGAUGUCAUUAAAAUACGAAUGCAGCUUCAAGUAUUACCAGCGUUUCCAUUAAGAGAAUCUAAUGUUACUAAUUAUCCAUAUCAAAAAAUUCUUGGAUCAGUUAAACAAAUUAUUUAUCAAGAAGGAAUAUUUGCAUUAUGGAAAGGAAAUUGUUUUUCACAGAUUUUAUACAUGUCUUAUGGUUCAUGUCAAUUUUUUACUUAUGCAAAAUGUAAAUUAUUUUUGGAUAGAAUUUUUCCAGAGAAAACAUAUAAUCAUGGUAAAACAUUUGUAUCAGGGGCUAUUGCAGGAACAGUUGCAACAACAGUAUCAUAUCCAUUUGAUCUUUUAAGAACAAGAUUUGCAGCACAAGGAGUUUCAAAAGUAUAUAUAUCUAUUCCACAUUCAAUUCGAUCAGUAUACAUUUCAGAGGGUAUUAGAGGAUUUUACCGUGGUAUUAAUGCAUCAAUUUUACAAAUAAUACCUUAUAUGGGAAUUGUAUUUGGGGUAUAUGAAGGUUCAAAAACGUAUCUAUUAAAUAUUGGUUAUUCAUCAUCAUUGACGGACGCUGUUGCUGGUAUUAUAUCAGGCACAGUUGGAAAAACAUUUGUUUUUCCAUUAGAUCUAAUUAGAAAACGCUUGCAAGUUCAAGGUCCAACAAGGGAAAAAUAUUUUUAUAAAGACAUUCCUGUUUAUAACAAAAUCAUAAAAACAGGAAUUACUAUUUUUAAAUCAGAGGGAUUUUUAGGUUUUUAUAAAGGGUGGCUAAUAUCUAUUUUAAAGACAGCCCCCUCUACAGCAAUUACAUUAUGGGUCUAUCAAAGAUCUCUAAAUUUUAUCAAUAAAUUAGAAAAACAAAAAUAA